AUGGCAUUGAUCAUUGCGCCGGUGGCCGCGUGAGUUUGGGAUUUUUUUAGAUCUAGAAAGAAAAUACGUGAAAAAUAAACUAAAACUGGAUAUUUCAGACAAAUCGCCUCAAGUUCAGUGGGCAAAGAUCGGGAAUCGAUGCCUCUCGUGGACCCGCCCGACAAAAUGAGCAUCGACGAGAAGCUCAGCAUCAAGUUGGUCUUUUUCUUGAAAGAGAAAAUUUUUAUAAAAAGCAUGUGGGAAGGCUGCAGCGGACCUUGAACCGACUUACGCUUGGUAGCAUAAAGUUAAAAAAAAAGUAACACAAGGCAUAAAAAGUUCGAAAAAAGUACUCAUAAUAUCUCACGUGGCGUCUGAACUUCUGAUCUCAUUAGUGAUGGCUGAGAAUGUUGAUCUAGUUUUCUUGCACCCGACUACAAGCGACUUGCGUCAAUUCUCUUCUUUUCAAGAGUAUUGGGUUCUAUUUGCUCAUUUUUCACGCUAAAGUCGCAUUUGGAAUGGCAGUACCAAAAGCGCUCUUUUAAGCUUAGAGUUUUGAGCCAUUCUAAAUGCGGCAGUAAGGUUACCUUGCAACCGACCGGAAACUACUUGCGCCUCAUUUUCUUGGAUAUGGUUUAUGGCAGCAUCAAGUUGUUUACACCAUCCAACCAGAUACGGCUUGCCAAUUCAAAAAAAAUGACGAUAUUUCAAAAUUUUUGCAUCCGACCAGAUACGGCUGCGCCAAUUCGCUACUUUUCAAAAAUACACCCUUUUCACGCUAAAGUCGCAUUUGGAAUGACUCUAGCAAAAGCGCUUUUAGGUGCUUGAAGCUUUGAGUAAUUCUAAAUUCGGCUGUAAGGCUUUUUGGUUAGGGUAUCUUGCGUCCGACCAGAAACUACUUGCGCCUGAUAUUCCGAAGAUCUAAACAGCAUCAAGGUUUUAUACCGAAAAAUUUGCAUCCGACCAGAUUCCGCUUGCGCCCUGUACUAUAAUCAAAUGAAGCAGGACUUUCCAAGUUAGGAUUGCAAGCCUUGAACCGUUCCGAGUACUAUCAAGAGACCUUGGAAAAUUCUCCGGAAAUUUCUUUUUUCAGAUACGCAAACGAUGAUGACGUCGAGGCGCGUAUGCCCAUCGAUAGGUCGGGGCAUAAAAAUAGCAUCCGGGAAACUGUUCCUGUAGGUUUUGAGGGGAUUUAGAGAUAAUUAUUGAUUUUUAGGAUACGAUGCUCCGGCUGAACAUUGGCGGCAGCAGCUACCGUAUCCGGACAAGGUCCAUCAUUAAGUUUGGGCCCAAGACCUUGUUAGGUAAGACUUCUUGCUAUUUUCUAAGAUUCUGAAAAAAAAAGAAGGUGAAAUGUGUUAAAAACGAUUUUCAAGGGUCAUUUGGUCUGAAUAUUGAGGAAUUUUCUGUCUAUAAAUUCUUUUUUUACUGUCAUUUUCAGUAAAAAAAAUUUGCUCAAAACUGGUAAAAUUCAUAGAAAAAUAACUUCCAGGAAGAUUCGUCAGAAUGAACCACGAACAUCGCCGUCAGUGGGCCGAUUGGUACUUCGAAGAGCAGGACGAGUACUUUUUCGAGCGAGUCCCGAGGUUCUCCCCAAAUUGUUUUUACUGUUUUAGAAAAGGCAUUCUUUCAGGUAUUUCGACCCAAUCUACGACUUUUACGCUACCGGAAAGCUUCAUGUACCCAAGGUGAUUGAAAUAAAGAAGGAUUUGAAGAUAAAUUAGCUAUGUGCCUUUAAAGGCGCAGAUGGUUCUUAAGACUGGAGAGUCUUUGAAAAAUUUAAGAACAAGCAUUUUUUAAAAAUGUUCCUGGAGUCGCUAUGAAAUACUUGAAAAAAAAAAUAUUUUCGUACUUCGAAGUUCUUUUUGACUGCUCUGUGCCUUUAAAGGCGCAGGUAGCUCUUUUGAAGGGACUAGAGCUCUAAAAUUAUGUUGAUAAUUUCAUUUUGCUUCAGAGACUGUAUGAAAUGGUUAAGAAAAGCUAUAUCAUAUGAGGAAGUUUUUCUCGUUCUUAUUUUCUUAUUUUCACGAGCUCUGUGCCUUUAAAGGCGCAGAUGCCUCUUUUGGAGGAAGUAGACUUUGAAAAUUUUUUGUACCCUUUUUGCAUAGAACUCGAAAAUCACUUUGAAAAUCUUGAAAAAUGGCGUUUUGCUCUUCGAAGUCCUUUCUCACUGCUCUGUGCCUUUAAAGGCGCAGAUGAUUCUUGAGAAUGAACGGUGGUUUGAAAAAUUAAGUUUGAAGCGUAUUUCUUCACAUUUACUUGCCGACUCCCUGAAAUGCUGUGAAAAAGCCUAUAAUGACGUUUUUCUCUUGGUUGCUCGUUUUCACGAGCCAUGUGCCUUUAAAGGCGCAGAUGCCCUUUGUCGAGGGACCAAACUUCGAAAAUUUUGUUUUUAGCCUUUUUUGGCAUUUAAAGGCACAGAUUGCUUUUCUGGAGGGACUAAAAUUUAAAAAUUUAGUUGGUAACCUUUUUGCCGAAAAGGCUUUCUGAAAUCGCCAUGCGAUGCUCGAAAUUUUUUUUUGAAGUUGAUUUUCACGAGCCAUGUGCCUUUAAAGGCGCAGGUCCUGUGGGAAAGUUUUUUCCCCCUCAAACUGAAAAAAUAUGUCAGGACCUUUGCUUCGACAAGUUCAUGGCGGAGUUGCGAUUCUGGGCGGUCUCGAAAACGCGGAUGGACGAGUGUUGUUCGCCGUUCACACAGUACUGCGUGACCAUGGGCGACAAUCGUGGAACGGUAUCUGAAAAUAGUCCAUUCAUCGCUGGCUUGGAACAAAAAACUGAUUUUCGCGCCGGGAUAUCCUAUGGAACGUUCUACGUGCGUCUUUAAAUUUUCUCGAUAUUAUGACCUUCUUUUUUUUUAAAUUUCAGCCCUUUUUUAUCGCUGAAUGGUUUUUUUCUCAAGCCAGCGAUGAACUUAUCAAUUUUUAGUAUUAAUUUUGUUUUUUUCUCGCUUUUUUUCCUGGUCAUUUCGUAAGUUUCAAUUGUUCAGGAAGAAGCUGCAGCUGCAGCUUUGCAACAGGUGCAUUUGAGUCGUGGAAAAUACCGAUAAUAAUUAGUUUUAAUCUUUAAUCUUCUCACUGCUUGAUAAUUAGCAUGAUUUUUCCUCUCAAAACAAAUAAGGUAUAAAAAAAAAAGCAAAUCACUAACAUUUUUUGAUUGCUCUUCGCAGAUUCAACGGUUUUUUCAAUGCUAGCUAUGUAGUUGGGCAGAGUUAUAAGUACGAAAAAAAAAAAUUUGAAAAUGUGUUUUAGUACAGAAACAGUUGGUUUGACGUAGUUUGUUGGAAAAAUGCUCGAAAAUUGGCGGUAUAAAAAAAUCUGGAAGCCUAAGUUUUUUUCCGAAUUUUUGAGUUGUCUGAUUUUCAUUGCAUUUUUCUGUGUUCUGAUAUUUUUUCUAAAGCUUUUUGCGAAGUAAGAUCGAAAAAUCAGUUUUUGAAAAAAAGCAAAUUUCCCAGCUUUUUCACGUCGAAUCCGCUGUUUGCGUACCUGACAUCAUAAUUGACGACAAUUUCCUUUUUUUUUACAGAAGUUCAAGCUAGCGUUGAAUGAACCAUGCCGAGUUCAAAAUAGUUAUUUUCAACUUCCAGACUAUAUAAAAUCCUCGAAGGUCAUUAAAAUACUCAAAAACUAUUUUGAACGCGACAAUUCGCUUAUUUUGAAGCUUCUUUUGUUUUAUUUUUUUCAAAUUCAAUGUCGCAAGGUAUUUUUGCAGGAGAAAGAUCAUUUCAUUGGCGUUCGUUUUGCAAAUAUCCGUAGGAGAUUAUGGCUGAUACUGGAAGGACACACGCAUUCGAGAUGGUGGAAGGUGAGGGAUUUUUCCGGAAACACUUGAGUGAACCCUUGGAAAACUUUGAAGUGAAGAUCGGAUGGAAGGUCCAGGUUUAGGUCUAGCUAUCUUUGUUGAAACUAGAUCACUAUAGGGGUCACUUUUGAAUAUUUUUACAGACUUUUGAAAGCUGUAAGUUGGAGCAUCGUACUGACUAGUAGUGCCUGAAGUUUAUGGAUGUGAACCCUUCAGGGAACACUUCUGUAGAAAAAAGUAAAAUCAAUGGGCAAUGUUUCGAUGGGAUCAUUCUCUGAUGACAUGUACUGUCAAAACCACUUUGAACUCUUUAGUGGCCUCUUUUUGAGCCUGAGAUUUUUUUUUUGAAACGAAACACUCGAGGGAACCCUUGGAAAAAUUCUACGUGAAGAUAAGAUUGAAGGAUCUUGUAAGGUCCAGCUUGAGAUCUAGCUAUGAUUAAGGAAAAAAUAUCACUAGCGGCCCCUUCCGAAUAUUUCUCAGCAUUUCUGAAAGCUGUUAGUUGGAGCAUCGUACUGAGGAGCCAAGCCUCAAGUUGAAAGAUCAAAACCCUUCAGGGAACACUUACAGAGCCACUCAGGAGAUUACUUGCAUUAUCCGGCAAAGCAUAAUUACUAGGCACAAGACAACUUCAUGCUUUUUUUCCCUUUAGUGACCACUUCUUCAGCUUUUCAAGAAUUUUUAUGAGACUGAGAAUCUACUCUAUCACUCUGAAAUCCUCGAGCUUUAUUAAGUGAUUCCAGGCCUUCGAGGUGAUCUCCACGGCCUUCGUCGUCCUGUCCAUCUCAGCCUUGAUCCUCGGCUCGAUCCCCGAGUUCCAAGUGCCGCAAAAGUCGGAGGAUGGUCAGUUGGUCUACGCGACGGCCACCUAUCCGACCUAUCCGAAUGGGGGCGGAAUGACCGUUGAGUCGAGGACCGUCGUCCGCGAGGGAUAUGAUAACUCGGUUGGUGGGAACUUGAUAAACUUGGAAGGAAGCUAUGAACUUUUAGUGGAACUUGGAAGGGUUGUACUUGAAGACCUCUUGAUCUCAGAACAAAACGAAUUAGCGUAAUUUACCUAGUUUUGGAGAUAUAACGCUUCAAAGUCGGAAAAGAUCCCUAAAGUGAAGUUUUUUUUAGGUUUUGAAGGGUCAUAAAUUAAAUUUAAGGCCUAUUGAACAAUUUGUACAUAUGAUAAAAAUUGAAGGAACUGCAGUACGUUGAAGAUAGCUUCAUGAAAUUUCUGGAGGGGGUUGAAGAAAAUUUCCUUUUUGAUCUAGGAAGAGCUAAGGUUAUUCAAGUUAAAAUUUUCGGAUGUUUCUUAUUUUAUUGAUGCUUUAAGUGUUGUAGGAAUCGGUUCAAACACUCUAUGAAGAUUGAGCAUUUUUUUAAAUCGCAGCAAAAAUCAAGCAUCAAAAAUUUGCUUAAGAACUUUGGAAUCUCACAACUCCAAAACUAGGAGAUUGCGUAGAUCGAGGUUGUGAGGGAUCUUUAUCUAAUAUUUGGAAAAUUUCGUACGAAUUCUCAACUUCUUACUGAACUCACCUCCCUGACGAGCAAAAAAAAAGAGCCAGAAAUGUUUCUAAUCCCUUAAAUGGACCCCAUUUUGCUCAAAACUCUAAUAAUCUUCCAGGAAUCGGAGCCGCCGGAAUCUAAUGUUUACAGAAAGGUUUUUUAAAAUAGAUUUUUGAAUAUUUGUAUUUUUCAUGACGCUAUAGUCCAUUCAUAGUUAACUUAAAGCUAUUGAAACGUCUAAACCUCCAUUUUUGCACAGUCUUUCGCUCUCAGUCAGCGGUGAAUGAACUAUAGCUCUUAUUCAUGUUCUAACUAACUUACAAACAAGGGAAACUUAUGAAAGUGUGAAUUAUUCGGAAAAAUAGUGUAUUUAGGUGGAAAUGACGGAACAUCCGGUGUUCACUUGGGUCGAAAACGUCUGUGUAAUCUACUUUUCAUUGGAAUACGCGACGAGAUUCAUUGUAGCCCCGAGAAAAGUUUGUUUUUCUCUUUAAAAAACCUUGAACAAAAUAUUUUACAAAUUCUUGGAAUUCUUGGAAAACAUUCAGAAAGGUCACCGGCAAAAUUUUAAACAUGUUUUGCCUAAAAAUGGGAUUAAUGACUUCAAAAACUCGUAUCUUAACAAAAUUAAAGAAACUUUGCCUCAAAAAAUGUGAGCUUCAUCUUAAAAAUUUUAAAAAUUCGACUCUCACAUUAUUUCUCAUGUUUAAUUCUUGUCUAAACACUUCGAAAUCAGUUUUUGAAGUCGCGAAUCUCUUUUUUGUUUGGUUCAGAAAUAUAUUUGGAAUUAAGGCCAUCAAAACUUCAAUAAGUGAUUUAUAAGCUUUUCAUAUUUAGUUUUCCAUCUUAAGCCUAGAAAGUUUUGCCAAAAGCAGAAAGAGUGCAGAGCGCCUGUAGAGACGUCAGACGAACAGAUACGCUACCUUCUCUGGCGUCUCUUCAGACUGAAAUUGUUCUCUCUCUUGUUUAGACAUGAAGAAACUUUUUCAUAAAUAAAAAUUGAUUUUAAAAAAUUAUUAUUUGAAGGUGGCCUUCGCCCGACAAUUUCUGAACGUCAUCGACUUGCUCUCCAUAGCUCCGUUCUACUUUGAGCUUCUUCUUUUACUGGUAAGUUCAUCAAGCCGUUGAUAUUUCACUUCAGCUGAAAAGUUCAAUGAAGAUGAGUAAUAUUUAGUGUGGCCUCAGCGGUGAGAACGUCCGGAAAGUACGGUGGGCCUUUUUGACGGUCCGACUCCUCCGAGUACUUCGAGUCAUUCGAAUCGCCAAACUGGGACGAUUCUCACCUGGUUCGCUUUAUUUUUCAUAUUAAAACGUUUUUUGAUCCCUUCAGAAGCGAAUUCAAGGUUGAUAGUCCGAAAAUGGCUUUAUAAAGUUGAAUAAGCUUCGUUUAAUGUAUUUGUCACUUUUUAUGAUUUUCAAAAUUUCUCAACUCAAUGGAAAAAGAAAUAGAUACAGAUUUUUUUUUGAUGAAAAGAAUUUUUAUGCUUGUUAUAUUGACAAAAGGGAAAGUGGGAUAGUUAUCCAGAAAAUAAAAACGUUUUCGAAAAAUUGCUUGAAGUUUGUAAUGAAAGGCUUGUCAUAAAGCCGAGAGAACAUGUUGUGUCUAUAAUGACGACGCAGGUUCUUCCCGGGGUUCUUCACUAGACAUAUUGAAGAUAAAAAAAUAAUUAAAGGAGGGUCAUUCGCGUCCAUUUAAAACCGUAGAGAGUUUUUGAAAAUCCCGAAAUCAUUGAAAUUUUUCUGAUAAUUCUAUUCCUUUCUCAUUUCAGGCCUCGCCAACUUCGCCUUGACAAUCCGGAAGUCGAAGAAACAGAUGCAAAUGGUUGGAAUCGUGAUGAUGACGGUGGUCAUCUUCUUCUCGACCCUCAUCUACUUCCUCGAACGCGACGAGCCCAACACCAAGUUCACCAGCAUUCCGGCGACCUUCUGGUGGUCAGUUUUUGGGGGAAAAACGCUAGUUUCGAAGGAUCAGUGGGUUUCAACCAAAACGGGUCUUGUGAUGACUAGCAAAAGUACGGUAAAGUCAUCGUUUCUGAAAAGAGAGUGUUGAAGUCUGUAGGUUGAGUCUUAGGUCUCAGGAUUCAUGGUAAGUCUCAAAGUCUCUAGUUGAGUCUCUAAGUGCCCAAGUCUCCAAGCCGAAUUCGGGGUCAUUUUGAGACAUUCUCGAGGUUUCUUUUUAGCUUUUUAUGAAAAAAUUCCCGAAAAUAUCAAAAAUACUCCAUUCGUAACGAAUUGAAACAUUCUGACCUCUCUGCGCUCUUUUCUCUCUCAUCGAUGAGGUCACAAAAGCAUGAAAAUAGCAAUCAAGUAAGAGAGCCCAGAGAGAUCAAAAUGUAUCGGCAAAUGAGCUCAAAUCCAAUGAAAGGCUUCAGGUGCGUCGUGACGAUGGCUACGGUAGGAUACGGUGACCUCGUGCCGGUUACGGUAGCCGGAAAAUUGGUUGGCAGUGGCGCCAUCGUAUGUGGCGUCAUGGUGUUGGCACUGCCCAUCACGAUUAUGGUCAGUUUUCUUUGAAAAUUAGAGAACAACAGCUUUUGAAGAGACGCUAGAGAAACCUCUCUUUCUCUGGCGUCACUCUAGGCCGUCAUUCCACUCAGAAUUCAACACCAGAAAAACCCUUAAGUGGCAACUUUCAGGUCAACAAUUUCAUGCAAGUCGUCAAACUUCGCGAGGAGCAAAUCGUGAAGAAGUACGCUCAGCAGCACGGCGACCAAGUUUAA